AUGGCUUUCAACUUCAACUGGUCGCCGCUCAUCGCGGACACCUCGCGUGCCCGCGAGAUGCUGACGGCCGCGUUGAAUAAGUCGCCGAAGCCGCCCAUCAUCGUCGACGACAUCAUCGUCACCGAGCUCAACCUCGGAGCCGUUCCGCCGGAAUUGGAGAUUCUCGAGAUUGGCGAUCUGGCCGAGGACCGUUUCCGCGGCAUCUUCAAGAUGACCUACUCGGGCGACGCUUUCCUUACCCUGAAGACGCGCGUGCAGGCGAAUCCUUUGAACACCUACCUGUCGACAAAGCCGAAUUUCGCAUCACCACAACCUCUCGCUGCCGCCGCCGGCCUGACGAUUCCUCUACAAAUCACCCUCUCCGAUAUUCGUCUCUCGGGAUUCGUCAUCCUCGUCUUCUCCCGCCACAAAGGCCUCACUCUAGUAUUCAGGAAUGACCCCCUUGAGUCUCUCAAAGUGUCUUCCACCUUCGAUUCGAUACCUUUCGUGCGGGACUAUCUACAAAAAGAGAUUGAGAAACAAUUACGCGUGUUGUUCAUGGAGGAUCUCCCCGCAAUCCUGCACCGCUUGUCGCUGCGGUUGUGGUCCCCGGAGUACAGGGAAAUGGACGAGAUGAUCAACAAUGCAAAGCGAAGCGGAACCGCAACCCCAGCUCCUGUGGACCCAUUCGCAAGCCCUCCCCAGGAUCCUGUCGACCUGUACGGCAACCCGCUUGACGACAGCCAAAUCUCAUCCUUUUCCUUGGACUCGUCCUCUGAGAUUCACGCAUCCUUCUCACAAAAGAACCUGCUUCGGCUUGGCGCUCUCAACGAUUCCCAUCGCACUCUUUCCCUCUUCACCCCCUCGAUUCGUGACACAGUUUUCCGUGCUUGGGCAAGCAGCGCGGAUCGGGCCGAGACAUCAGGUGCACACACAUUCCAUCCACUCACCUCGUCGACCCUUUCGCGCGUCCAUUCCUCUUCCGGCGUCACCUCGCCGAGCACGGCCAGCGUCUCUGAUGGCACAGACAACGGAAGCACUCUCUCACGGCCAACUCUUGCGAGCUCGACCUCUACAUACUCUGGUUUGGGUCUGGGAGGCAGCAGGUCUCGUGCGCACGCACAGAGGAAGAGGAAGAGGAGAGUGGUGAACCUGCGCCGCGACAAGGAUGGCGCAGACGCAGAGAGCGUUGGUAGCGACAUCACCACGCCAGAGCCGAGUGUGGAGGCUUCGGAGGGCUCGUCGGUCAUCCCUGAGGAAAGAGAGGAGGAUCUCAUGACGCCCCCGACUACGCCCCCGCGCGAGUCCGGCCGACGCACUCGUAAAAACAGUAUCGAAAAAUCGCCAGCGCCAGCUACUGUCCCGUCCGCAGCGGCGCUGUCGAAGAUCCAGGAGAGUGAGCACGAAUGCUCAUCUACCGCAAACGCUCCAUCAUUUUCUCGCCCACAGACGCAGCACUCGGCUGCAUCUUCGCUUCCGCUCCGGUCUUUCCCGAGAGACGUCAAGGCGCCUUUCGCGCACUCGUACAACCCGUCUGCAUCUGCCAACGUUCGACUCCAAGGCUCGGCGCUUCCGUACAGUGAGGCCGCGACGUCGGGCGGCAUCCUGGAGCAGGCGUGGAUGAUGAAGAUGGCGAAUGAGAUCGCGCGCAAGGUGCGCGACGAAAAGGAGCGCGAGGCCCGUCAAGGGAGGAGUAGCACCGACCCGAUGACCGGUUUCUGGGACCGUCGCGACGAGGAGGAAGCACCACCGGCCUACGCCGCCUAA